CGUCGUCUGAAGGGCCGUCCAGCCAGUGGCCGCGAUCUCGAUUCACCGAAAAGAUGGUCAUGAUGGCUGGCAUGGACGACCACGAGCGCAAAGUCGUCCUCGAGUUCUGCCACCUGCUCGAGAAGAGCAAGCAGCUGUUCAACGGGCUACGGGAUCUGCCACAGUACGGGCACAAGCAGUGGCAGGGCUACUUCGGGCGCACCUUUGACAUCUACACCAAGCUGUGGAAGUUCCAGCAGCAGCACAGGACGAUACUGGACACAAAGUACGGCCUGAAGAGGUGGCAGAUCGGCGAAAUAGCGAGCAAGAUCGGCCAACUCUACUACCACUACUACCUGCGCACCAGCGAGACCAGUUACCUGCACGAGGCCUACUCGUUCUACGCGGCGAUAAGGGGCCGGGCGUACUACAGCCGCGCGGCGAAAGAGGACCGCAGCGACCUGAUGGUGAAGAAGCUGAGGUACUACGCCCGGUUCAUCGUGGUGUGUCUGCUGCUGAACCGUAUGAAGCUGGUGCGCGAGCUGGUGCAGGAGCUGGACGCCCAGAUCGCGGACUACACGAGCACCUACGAGCCGGACGAUCAGCUCGAGUGGAACCUGGUGCUGGACGAGAUCAAGGCGUUCGUGAAGGCCGAGUCGGCGGUCGGGGUCGUGCACUCGGACUCGAACCCGGUGAUUCUGACCCACAGGCUAGGACCGCAGACCUCGCCGCCAGUCGAACGUACGCCACCCAUGUGCCUAUCCCUGCAGGAGAUCCUGAUCGUCGGCAAUUGCGCCGACCAGGUGAAAUUCAGUGAAUUGUCGAUGGACAUGUUCAGGAUGCUGCAGACCCUCGAGCGGGAGCCGAGGGACGACCCGAACCACCUGCACGACGCCUCGCCCGCUGGCAGGAUGCCCUUCAGGCCUGGCCUGUAUCCCGGCGCGGAGAACGGAGCGCCAAGACGCGACAAUCCACACAAGUACCUGCUGUACAAGCCCACCUACAGCCAGGUACAGGUGUUCCUCGCCAGCGGAUUCAAGGAGCUGCCCGCGAACGGGGCGCUCUUGCUAUACCUGUCCGCGGACGGCUGCUUCUCCACCGUCAAACAUCCGGAAGAAAUGGGGUACGACCUGGGUGGCGUGUCGACGUGCAGCAAGAGGGACCCGGAGCACGGGAAGAGGCCGACAGGUGGGAAGGAGCCCCACUGUCUGUAUCCGGGUGACCUCUACCCGUUCACCAGGAAGCCCCUGUUCGUGGUGGUCGACUCGGACAACAGUUUCGUGUUCCAACAGAUCCCCCGUUACUUCGGUCAGCCGUUAAUGGUGCUGAUGUCGCCGCAGGACACACCGCCGACCCUAAGAGAUGUCCGACACGGUGGCAGCCUGUUCACCCUGUUUCUCCACGCCCCUUUAGCCGCGUUUUGCCUUAUUUGCAACAUCGGCAGCCUGGCCGUGCACCACUGGGAGCGGUGCCAGCGUUACAUCGAGCGAUUCCUCAUCGAGGCCUGUCAGCUCGUCACGCGCUCCAGAUGCGAGACCAGCGUGUUGCAAUUCUUCGGCGACGAUUUCCUCCGACUGUUGCUGGUUCGUUACGUGUUCUGCGACGUGGUGUUGAACCUGCACCGGUCGUUCAGGGGUCGUCAGCAGAGGCCCCGUUGCCAUCCGCCGUUACCGGACGCCGAGGUCCUGGAACACCCUACGCUUCAUCACCUGGUGCUCGACUUGGCCGCCUGUCUCGACUGUCGUGACCAUUUCCCGGACAGCAACGAGCUCGCCUGACCCAGGCAUCUGCCCUGCCCGGCCCCGGAGUCCGCGUCCCUUCUGCCUCCGUACACUCACGACUACGAUUACGAUUACUGUAACUA